CUGUACCUUUGCAACAGCAUUCCUCGUUCACCCGUCCGUCCUUCCCGCCCUUUUCUCUGCAGCUGCCGUCACGAUGCGUGCCCUCAUUGUGCUCGUCGCCCUUGCCAUCGUGUGCGUCACGCGUGCGGGCGCGGCUGAACUCAGCAGCUUCACCUUGUUCGACCGAGAGUGGUCUGAGCAGAGUUGCUCUACCUUGCCCCUCGAAUCACCCUAUCUCGCGGUUGCCGACGUCAACACUGGAGAAGUUCAACCGGAUGAGGGUGGGCGAGCUCAGAAGGAUAGGCAGGCUAUCCCUGGGCACGUGAGUCUCAUCUUGUGUGUGCGCGUCAGGCUCCAUCGGAUGUGGCUUUGAGUUCCGCAUUGGCAGCGUGUACGCGACCAACAUCUUCAGGACAAACGAGCAGAGCAUCUCUGACGAGCAAUUCAAGACUGACCUGCAGGUGAGGGGUCGGUCAUGUCUCAUGACGUCCACAAGAAAACACGACACUUCCUGUCUGUCUGGCUGCCUACCUGCUUGCCUGCAGGAUAUGAGCCCUGAGUUCAGUGAAGAAGUAUACGACAAGGUGAGUUACUGCACAUGAAGGCGUGUUCGACGACACACAUUUGGUGUCCGACGUGUCCAGUUCGCCGAUCUGCAUCUCAAGUUUUUCCCCUGGGACUCAGAGAAGAUCAAGAUGCGCUCCGGGGCCGAGGAGGACCACUGGGAGAUAGGUGAGUCGGAAAGGAAGGAAUGCUCGGCACGUAUGUCAAGCAGAGACUAAGACGCACUCCCUCUGCCCGUUUGUCUCCAGGAGUAGUAGCCCAAGAGGUUCAGAAGGUGUUUCCAGGUACUCUUGCACACUCUUGCCGACGUGUGAUGGUCUUCUGUCUCUAAUUCUUCCUGUCCUAGAUGCCGUGCGCACAUACGAGGAGGCCAUUAGGGAUGGCGCAAACUCCACCACGACCGAGGUCCAUUACGUCAACAUGGACUACAUGAGCUACCUGCAGAUGACCGUAGUCCAGCAGCUGCAGAAGCGAGUCGAGUCGUUGGAGAAACAGCUGGCCGACAUCCAGGCGGAACAGGAGAACGGCUUCAUGACCGUGCUCGAGCAGGCCCUCAAGGACUUUAGAGGCGGCCGCGACUGAGGACUGGCCUUGCUGACUUGGCUGGCUCAUACAUAUGAAAGGUGUGCAUCGUGCUCUACGCUGUUUGUCGGAGUGUGUGUGUGUGUGUGUGCGUGACUCUUUUUCGUCUGCUUCCGUCCUAUUCGUUUUUGCAAAUGCAACGGAAGGCGACCGCCCUGCUCCCGUGUGCAGAGCGGGCGUGCAUUACACGCAAAACACCCUUGUGUGAACGUGUGUAUGCGCGUCCCAUUUGCACUGUCUAUCGGUGUUUAUGUGUUGCACUUGCUCUCUGGUGCGAUUUGUGUAUCUGCAUGUGUGUCCGCAUGGAUGUGAUCGUUCAUCUCGCUCGGUAGCCAGUGGUGCUUGCAGGCAAUGACCUCGCGAGCUGCACAUCUGGAAUUGCUUGCACACACACAUCUCCCUCAAGAGAGUUCAUGUGGUGGCUGAGUACAUGUACAUGUUUCUGUCUGCACAAAGGUCAUUUGCCCUUUUACGUCUCACCCCAUCUGUCCUCAUGUCACUCGCAGGUAAGUGGCUGUCACGUGAUGCGUGCUCGCGUGUGCAUGUCGAUAGAUGAGCAUACAGGUGAUUUGUCCUUCUGAACUUGGCGCCUGGUGUGUACGGGUGUCUGUGUGACCUGCCGUCUCGGGCGGGUACACAAGAGCGGGCACAUCACGUGCACAGACACCACGCCCAAGUCAUUUUCACUCCCACACGCCCUUUUGUAAUUCGGUGUAAUUCUUUGGACAACAGAUGUGGACGAAUUUUGAUUUUGAUUUAGACAUGGAUUCUGCUAAAUCCUUCCCAAAACUUUUCUGUCGCCGCGCAGCCUGAACCUCAUCACCGGCUGGCAAACGCUUCUCAACACCACGUGCAGUCCGGCUGGACCAGGGGCACAUCAAGCGUGGCCGUGGGUUGGCUGAACAUUGUUGCUGCUUCGAUACUGUAAUGACGGACGUCCUCGACCG